GUGCAGAGGAGGCCCCCGGUGGUUCUGCUGGAGGGCCCACCGGUCCGGUCAUUGCCUCCAGGAUGCUGGACUGGACAGAGGCAGGUCCCCGCAUCCUCCACAGCCUGGAGAUGGGCACGGUGAUGACCAUCUUCUACCAGAAGAAAUCCCAGCGUCCCGAGAGGAGAACCUUCCAGCUCAAGCAGGACACCAGGCAGAUAGUGUGGAGUCGAAACCCGGACAAGUUAGAAGGAGAGAUCGACAUACGAGAGAUCCGGGAGCUGCGGUUGGGAAAGGGCUCCCGCGAUUUUGAGCGCUACCCGGAGGAGGCUCGUAAACUGGACUCCGCCCUCUGCUUCAUUGUGCUGUACGGCCUGGAGUUUCGCCUCAGGACGCUCAGUGUUGCUGCGUUUAGCGAGGAGGAGGUCAACAUGUGGAUCACUGGUCUCAACUGGUUGAUGACGGACACUCAGAAAGCACCUGCACCACAGCAGAUAGACAGGUGGCUGCGGAAACAGUUUGAACUCAUGGACAGGAACCACGAGGGCAGUGUCACAGUGAAGGAGGUGAAAGCUCUGCUGCCUCAGAUCAACUACAGAGUCCCCAACAUGCGCUUUCUCAAAGACAAGCUGCAGGAGGUGGAGGCCAGGUGUGAUCUGUCUUACCCGAACUUUGCACAGCUCUACAGAACGCUGAUGUUUGACGCACAGAAGAGCAUUAUUGAGCAGCUGGAGCUCUCCUUCCCUCUGAGGAACGUUGACAGACCCGAGCUUUGUCAGAUCUCUCUCUACGACUUCCAGAAGUUUUUACAGAUGGACCAAAAGGAGUCCUGGGCGUCAGAUCUGAGUCGUGUCAGAGAGUUCCUGGUUGGUUACAUGAGAGGAGCGCCUCAGCCGGAGCCGAUGCUGCAGCUCGACGAGUUCCUGACCUUCCUGUUCUCUAAAGAGAAUUCGGUGUGCGACCCUCGACUCGCUCCCGUCGUGUCCGAUGACAUGAAAAAGCCGCUGUCACAGUACUGGAUCUCCUCAUCGCACAACACAUACCUGACAGGUGAUCAGUUCUCCAGUGAAUCAUCUCUAGAAGCCUACGCUCGCUGUCUGCGGAUGGGCUGCCGCUGCAUUGAACUGGACUGCUGGGACGGACCCGACGACCUGCCGAUCAUCUACCACGGACACACAUUAACCUCCAAAAUCAAGUUCCUGGAUGUUCUUCACACUAUUAAAGAACACGCCUUCGUCACGUCUGAGUAUCCUGUGAUUCUCUCCAUCGAGGAUCACUGCAGUGUGGUCCAGCAGAGGAACAUGGCUACACACUUUAAGAAGGUGUUUGGAGAUCUGCUUCUCACCAAACCGGUGGAUAACAACGCAGAGGAGCUUCCAUCACCUUACCAGCUCCGCAGGAAGAUCCUCAUCAAGCACAAGAAGCUGGUGGAGGGAACUCUGUAUGAAGAAGUAUCGUCCGCCAGCUACUCUGAAAACGACAUCAGCAACUCGCUGAAGAACGGCAUCCUUUACCUCGAAGACCCCAUCGACCACACAUGGACUCCACACUACUUUGUCCUAACCAGUAAUAAAAUCUACUACUCGGAGGAGACGUCUCACUACCAGACAACGACUGAUGAAGAGGAGGACGAUGAAGGCAAAGAGUUGUCGAUCCAUCAGGAGUGUAACAACAACGAGCAGCACUGUGCAGAGCGCUGGUUUCACGGGAAGCUGGGCGGAGGUCGAGACGGACGUCAGGUGGCGGAGAAGCUCCUGCAGGAGUACUGUGAGGGAGGAGCCAAAGAUGGCACCUUCCUGGUCCGAGAGAGCGAGACGUUCGUUGGAGACUACACUCUGUCGUUCUGGCGUUCAGGCCGCGUGCAGCACUGCAGGAUCCAUUCCCGUCAGGAGUCCGGCUCCACUCGGUUCUACCUGACGGACAACCUGGUGUUCGACAGCCUCUACCGCCUCAUCUGCCACUACAGAGACACUCCUCUGCGCUGCAACGAGUUCGAGAUGAGGCUCGGAAACCCGGUGCCUCAACCCAACGCGCACGAGAGCAGAGAGUGGUACCACUCCAGUCUGUCCCGUGUUCAGGCUGAGCACAUGCUGAUGCGUGUGCCAAGAGACGGAGCGUUCCUGGUGCGAAAACGCAGCGAACACAACUCCUACGCCAUCUCCUUCAGGGCGGAGGGUAAGAUCAAACACUGUCGUAUCCAGCAGGAAGGACGUCUCUUCAUGUUGGGCAGCUCAGCAGAGUUUGAGAGUCUGGUGGAUCUGGUGAGCUACUACGAGAAACAUCCUCUGUACCGAAAGAUGAGGCUCCGCUACCCGAUCAAUGAGGACACGCUGGACCGGAUGGGAACCACGGAGCUCGACUACGGAGCGCUGUAUGAGGUCCGAACUCCUCAUUUCUACGUCGAAGCCAAUAAGAUGCCAACAGCACGGUGUACGGUCAAAGCUCUGUACGACUAUCGAGCUCAGAGGGAAGACGAGCUUUGUUUCCCUAAACAGGCGCUCAUCCUCAGCGUGGACAAGCAGGAGGGCGGCUGGUGGAGAGGCGACUACGGAGGGAAGAAACAGCUGUGGUUUCCUGCUAACUACGUGGAGGAGGUUCCCAGUUCUCCCACCAGAGAACUCGAUGAAGUGUCUACAGAAAACAGUCCUCUGGGAACGUUCCUCAAAGGCUUCAUCGAUGUUCCAACCUGCCACGUUGUGGUGCAUAAAGACGGGAAGAACUCUCGACCCUUCGUGUUUACGAUCCAGUCCCAGCAGCUGUCGUCUCACCCGGUCCAGACUCUGGACGCGGCGGCCGACACUCUGGAGGAUCUCACCGCCUGGGUCAGCAAGAUCCGGGAAGCCACGCAGAACGCCGACGCUCGGAUGCAGGAGGAGAAGCAGAUGGAGAGGAGGAAGAAGAUAGCGGUGGAGCUGUCGGAGCUGGUGGUUUACUGCCGACCCGUCCCCUUCAACGAGGACAAAAUAGGGACGGAGAGAGCGUGUUACCGGGACAUGUCCUCCUUCCCGGAGACGAAGGCAGAGAAGUUUGCGACGCGCGGCCGAGGGAAACGCUUCCUGCAGUACAACCGCCGGCAGCUGUCCAGAGUUUAUCCUCGAGGGCAGAGGCUGGACUCGUCUAACUACGACCCGCUGCCCAUGUGGCUCUGCGGCUCCCAGCUGGUCGCGCUCAAUUUCCAAACUCCAGAUAAACCCAUGCAGCUGAACCAAGCGUUAUUCCUGCUCGGAGGCGGGAGCGGCUACGUUCCUCAGCCGGACAUCAUGAGGGACGACACCUUCGACCCGUUCGACAAAGACACGUUGCACAUGGAGCCAAUCACCAUCCAGUUACAGGUGGUUGGAGCCCGUCACCUCCCUAAAAAUGGCCGCAGCAUCGUCUGUCCCUUCGUGGAGGUGGAGAUCUGUGGAGCUGAUUACGACUGCUGCAAAUGUAAAACAGACGUUGUAGCUGAUAACGGUCUGAAUCCAGUGUGGGUGCAGAAGCAGUUUAUGUUCGACAUCCACAACCCAACCUUCUCCUUCCUGCGCUUCACCGUUUACGAGGAAGACAUGUUCAGUGACCCCAACUUCCUGGCGCAGGCGACAUACCCGGUUCGUCUGCUACGAACAGGCUACAGGAGCAUCCCUCUGAAGAACAGCUACAGUGAAGAGCUGGAGCUGGCUGCACUUCUGGUUCACAUAGAGAUCGUCAAUGCAAAGGAGGAAGACGAUGAGAACUUGUACACGUCCAUCCAGCGGCUGCGGGAUCGAACCAGCGAGCUGUCCAAUCAGGUGUCUCUCCUGGAGCGCUCGGGCUCGGCGGACAUCAGCUACCAGCAGAGUCUGGAGGAGCUGCGAGCGGCUCAGGACCAGCUGAGCGAGCUGGUGGAGGCUCGUAACCGCAGGCUGAUUGAGAAGAAGAGGAGAGAGAAGCUGAGGCAGCAGGUGGCAGCAAAGCGCAGCUAAUCCUCUCGUCCACCAGAGGGCGCCAAACUCCACAGAACAAACUGUGCCUGACACUCGCUGCCGCCGGUGCUGUGCGGCGACGGCCCCGAGAAAACAACGGGCACCUCACAGCAGCGACAUGCAAUCAUAUAACUGGAAAAAAAAUCACAUAAAUGUGAGAUUUUACAGCUUCCUAAAAGGAGGAAAAAGUGACAAUGAGAGACAAAAACAGAAGCAUCUCAUGGACAAAAACCUCACAAAGUUAAGCUAUAAAAACAAUCAAUGGAUUUGUGGCUGAAACGCAUUAAGACUGAAUGAAGAAUGGCUUUUUUUCAUGGAUUCAGAACAGCCUGGAGCAAAAAAAAAAGGAUGAAAAGAAACCUGUUUUCUGAGUUUCUCCACCAUGCCUGUUUUCAGAGUGACUGAAAGUCAGCUAAACGUGCUGCUGGCUCGUUAAAAAUAGACACUUCAAUCAUUUUCUGUCCAUUUUUACAAGAUAAAAUUAAUACUGUCCAAUAGAAUAACUUUUAAAAGGGGAAAUUAUCUUUUUGGCCCCAGAUGGAUUAAGUCUGGCUGCCUCUUAAAACUGGAAAUGUUUGGAAAAGAUGCCUUUUUAAAAAAAAAACUAAAGCAAGUGAAGCUCAUCAAAUUUGCUCUGAUUGUGUUUCAGGCUUUAAUAAAAAGGGAGAAGAAAACUCAGGUUACCCAAAUAGAUGGACAUAAAAACUAUAAAAUGAUAUUUGGAUGGAAAGAAGGGAGCGGAAAAAAGGAAAUAUCAUGUCUGUGCCUUUUGAUGUUGUGCUUUUUAAAGACUAAAGAGAGUAAACCGAUAUGUGUGUGUGUGUGUGUGUGUGUGUGUGUGUGUGUGUGUGUGAGAGAGGUCAAACUGCUUUCUCUACAACUGGAAUUAGUGGCCCUUUAAAGGGGAAACGUACUAAAAGAGACUGGAGGAGGGAAUCUACUCGUUUGGCUCGGACCACUACUCAUGAAAUGGGUUUAAAAUCUAAAGAAAAGGAAAAGAAGGGAUUUUAAAGACUAAAGUCUGUUUCUCCUAAUGAAGACCAAGUCUUUUUUAUUUUUUAUUUUGAAGGGGCGGAGGGGGGGUUAUCACAUGCACUCUGCACCCAGAUCCAGAUGUUUGGAGAAGGGGGGGGGGCUCCUGUCUCCUGGCGCUGUUCUACCUGGGGGAGCACAAACUGGACGAACUGAAAUCCUCACCAAACCACACAGAGAAGUUCUUUUAAUACUUCUCUUAAAAAGGGCUCUAAUAUAUAUAUAAUAUGUGAGUGUUUAUAUAUAUACACACACUCCCUUGGAAGGAGAGAGGACGAGCACAUUCCUCACAGCGCCCCCUGGAUGUCACCUGCAGCAGGGGCUCAGGUGUGUUCGCUUCUAUCGGACACAAACGCCACAAAACAAUUAAAGGGCUAUAUCACACAAAACCCCAAAAAACUAGCAAAGCAAAGCACUCUGUUGCAGAAACAUCUGUCUCACAUCAGGAUCCAGCUCCCAUCAUCUAGCUCUAAUCAACAGAUGUGGGUCAGAUCCUGUUGCAUGGCUUCAUAUCUAAUAGUAAUAAUAAUAAUAAUGAUGAUGAUAAUAAUAAUAAUAACGCCCCUCCCUUCCCCCCUGUGUCUAAUGUCUUAUUGUGUAUAUAACUUCUUUUAUUUAUCAGACAGGUGUAGCUACAUCCUGUUAUAAUAGAUGAAAGAACAUAUUAGAAGAAUGAUAAUGGACUUCAGAUUGAAGAUACUGUAACUUUAUGUAGAAAUUAAUAUUGUAUACUGGAGCUCCCUUUAAAACUCUCUCUCUCUCUUUCUGACUUCUAUGCAAACAGUCGUCUUGGUCUCGGCCUAUAGCCAACGUGUAUUAGGCGAUUUUAUUGAUUUAAGUUGUGUUUUUCUCUCUGUAUCUGUAUCUAUGCUAACUGUCUAACUGUCCACUAUUAAUACUCGAUGCAUUACAGAAAACUCCUGUGCAAGUUUCCAUUUAAUAAAAA